GAUGGCACACAGAAUUAAAACUAUCCAUUCCUUCCGCGUUUAAAUCAAAUAUUGCUAGUUUCUCCUAACAUAUUACAGAUGACAGUAACGUAUUCCAUUUUGAAGAUUUUCUUUGUUCUCUACCUCUGUGAUAUUACACUUACUUCUAAUUGCUUAAGAUAUCCUGACGGUUGUUGCCCUGGCUACGUCUGGAGUAAUGAGACAGACAACUGUACAGAAUGUGUAGAUGGGUUUUCUGGCAUAAGGUGUAUGAAGAAAUGCGUCUACCCAAGCUAUGGAGUAAAAUGUGCACAGAAAUGUAAUUGUUCUAAUGAGACCUGUGAUUUCCGAACAGGUUGCCCAAUUCAAAACUCCACCCAAUACCCAAUUGACACAGAGACAGACACUCACAGUGACAACCAUUCUUACCUAAGUAUCGCCAUCUUAAGUCUUUCGGGGAUUGCCAUUAUCGCCUUUAUCGUUUAUGGAAGCUUGAAGCUAAAGAAUUUUUUUCUAAAACGACAAAUACAAGAGCCAGUUCCAGAGGAAAAUCAUUAUCACACAAUACUAGAUAAAAAUUUAUGUACAGAAACAAAAUUUGAAUGACAUAUCGAAUAUUUCAAACAGUUAUAGUGGUAAAAAAAAAUAAAAGUAAGACAAAGAACUCGAUGUUGAUUGUCAAUCUUUCUAAAACAAUUCUUUUUUAUUGAAAAAUGGGUUUAAUUCUUUUAUUCAAAAUCUAUGAUGUAUCUUGCAUGUAAUAGAAGGAAACAUGGAAAGCAAAAAAGAAAAAGACGUUCACAACUGUUGCGGAUCCGAGGAUUACCACGAAUUAUUCUGGGGGUCAAUAAUUCUCCAUGUUGUGCAAAGUAGCCAACACUACUCGAUAAAGGCAGAAUAUUACAUCAAUUAAAAACACAUCCUAAAGUUCUAAGAAACUAUACAUACACUGUAAUGUAUAAUACAAUUAAAUGAAAAGCGUCGUUUAACAAAUUUCAUGGGAUCAGGAAUGGAACCCGUCUGUUUGCGAAGCAAAAUGUUUGGCCAUUAUGCUACCGCGACCAGUCGCCAGACAAUGAUGUAAAACAUGCGAAAAAUGGCAAGACAUAUCACAGUUCGUUAUCUUCACCUUUCAUCAAUACCUUCAGUUUUAGACACAUUUAAUAUACCAGUCAAUCAGAUGGAUGAAUAUGAGUUACUGUGCCAAUACUGGAUUCCAAAACUUCAUAAAAACCCUUACAGAGAAAGAUACAUUGCUGGAUCCAGUAAAUGUUCUACCAAGAACCUAUUUUUGCUCCUUAGGAAAAUAUUAACAGCUGUGAAGGAAAAACGUCAAACGUACUGUGAUACAUGUGGUGUAAAUCAAAGGUGGAUCAAAAAAAGAACUUUUCGUAAAUUUGAAAUCGCAAAAGUUUCUCAAAUCAACAUCAAAACGUAUGACUUUUCAACACUUUACACAACCAUUCCUCAUGAUAAAUUAAAGACAACACUUUUUGACAUCAUAGACAGUUGUUUCUUCAAUAAAUAUGAAAAAAAGGAAAUAUUCGCAUCUCGUGAUCAGUCAUCCAAAAACAAACUUUGUUAAACACUCCUCUGAUUCCAAGCACAAUCACUCGGAAGAUGAAAUUUAACAAACAAUAUGCUAGAGUUCCUCAUAGACAAUAUUGUCGUAGUCUUUGGUGAUCAGGUCUUCCAACAGUCUGUUGGAAUCUCCAUGGGCAUCAAUUGUGCCCCUUUGUUAACGGGCUUUGUGGAGGAAGCAGUUGAUCAAUGUACCACUCGACCAAAGGAUAUGUGGUCCAGAUUGACAGUUGUCAGUAAGAUUAUUGAACGACAUGCUUUUAAUUCCUUUUAUGAAUAUUUAUCCACAAACAAAUUAAUUACAGAUAGUCAAUCUGGAUUUAGGUCAAGUCAUUCAUGUGAGACAGCGUUGAAUGGUCUUACUGAUAAAUGGUUAAAAAACAUGGACGAUGGAAAGCUUACAGGGGUUCUGUUUAUUGACUUGGGUAAGGCCUUUGAUACAGUCAACCAUGGAGUACUUUUGCAUAAACUUAUGUCUUUUGGAAUUGGUCACAAUACUUUUAAAUGGUUUCAAUCAUAUCUUACAAAUCGUAAGCAAUGUUUCAGUUGGAGAGGUGUGUUAUCUAGAGAAAAAAGUAUAUCCUUAGGAGUUCCUCAGGGGUCAAUUUUAGGACCAUUAUUUUUUAUUUUGUACAUUAACGAUUAUCCAAAAGGUAAUAAACACUCUUCAUUUACAAUGUAUGCAGAGGACACUUCACAGGGCGUGAGUGAUAAAUCUGUUGGUGUAAUUGAAUCAAAAUUGCAAGCGUAAAUCUUCAAAAAUCACAAUGUAUGCUUUAUUGGCACGUCUCAAAGGUUACGGAAAUGUCGAAUGCUAAAUAUAGAUUUUAAUGGUGUACAAACUGAAUUUGUGAGGCAGGCUAAACUAUUAGGUGUUUAUAUAGAUAAUAUUUUAUCAUGGGAUGCACACGUGGAGUGCUGUACUUAAGAAAGCGAGUUAUUUUAUGCCACCAAAUGCACUUAUCAAGGUUUUUAAUAGUAUUGUUUUUUCCACAUUUUACUUACUGCUGUACUGUCUGGUGUAAUGUACAAAAUCAACUAUAUUUAGAAAAAAUAAUGCAAGCUGCAAAAGAGGGCAGCAAGAAUACUUUUAAAUAUUCCAGAUAUCAGGACCUCUACUGGCUUUUUAUUUUCGUGUUUGAACUGGAUGCCAAUUAAGGAUUAUUUUAUGUUUAGAAAUGUUGUCUUUCUGUUCAAAGUUUUAAAUAAUCAAAUGCCAAAUUACCUAAACGUGUUUAAAUAUACAAGAGAUGCGAGUUGCCGCCAAACCAGGUUGAAUGAUUACAUGUCUAAUUUAUUAUAUUUACCAAGAGCUAAAACUGAAAAUUUUAAACGUUCAUACAGCUACUCUUCUGCAUUCCUUAGGAACAGACUCUCAAAAUGUUAGAAGCUCUGGUUCGGUUGGCAUAUUUAAAGCUGUGUAUUUGAUGGAAUAUUUUCAUAGAAGUAGCACUUAAACAUCGUGCUUUCCUCUUUUUGUUCAAUUGUGCCAAAUGUAGUUGUGAUAUGGCACUGUGUGUGUGUCUUAUGCUAUUUUUUCUUCUUUCCUUUUACGUCAUGUAUUCAUAUUUAGGUAAAAAUUAUAUCACUAAUUAGGUGUGUCUUAUGCUAUAUCCCCCUCCUUUCCUUUUAUAUCGUAUUCAUGUUUAGAUACUUAUUUUAGAUGUUAAUUUUAUGUUUGUGUAUAUAUUUUAAUACAAGACCACAAUGGAAACUAGCUAUAUGCUAAUUUGUGUUGUUCUGGAUAAAUAAAGGCUAUUAUUAU